AUGAAGGCUGUUCGUAACCUGCUGAUUUAUAUAUUUUCCACCUAUCUCCUGGUUAUGUUUGGAUUUAAUGCUGCCCAAGACUUCUGGUGUUCAACUUUGGUGAAGGGAGUCAUUUAUGGAUCGUAUUCUGUAAGUGAAAUGUUUCCCAAAAACUUUACAAACUGCACUUGGACGCUGGAAAAUCCAGAUCCAACCAAAUAUAGCAUUUACCUGAAAUUUUCCAAAAAGGACCUUAGCUGCUCUAACUUUUCCCUCUUGGCUUAUCAGUUUGAUCAUUUUUCCCAUGAAAAAAUAAAGGAUCUUUUAAGAAAGAAUCAUUCUAUAAUGCAACUCUGCGAUUCCAAGAAUGCUUUCGUUUUUCUACAAUAUGAUAAAAAUUUUAUUCAGAUACGUCGGGUGUUUCCAACUGAUUUCCCAGGAUUACAGAAAAAAGGGGAAGAAGAUCAGAAAUCUUUUUUUGAGUUUUUGGUAUUGAACAAGGUGAGCCCAAGCCAGUUUGGUUGCCAUGUAUUAUGCACUUGGUUGGAGAGCUGCUUAAAAUCAGAAAAUGGGAGAACAGAAUCAUGUGGGAUCAUGUAUACAAAAUGCACCUGCCCUCAGCAUUUGGGAGAGUGGGGGAUCGACGACCAGUCGCUGGUUUUGUUAAAUAACGUGGUGUUACCCCUGAAUGAGCAGACCGAGGGCUGCCUGACCCAGGAGCUGCAAACCACCCAGGUCUGCAAUCUUACCAGGGAGGCCAAGCGACCGCCCAAAGAAGAAUUUGGAAUGAUGGGAGAUCAUACAAUUAAAAGUCAGCGACCUCGAUCUGUUCAUGAAAAAAGGGUCCCUCAGGAACAAGCUGAUGCUGCUAAAUUUAUGGCACAAACUGGUGAAUCUGGUGUGGAAGAGUGGUCCCAGUGGAGCACAUGCUCAGUUACUUGUGGUCAAGGGUCGCAGGUGCGAACCAGAACUUGUGUAUCACCUUACGGGACACACUGCAGCGGCCCAUUAAGAGAAUCAAGGGUUUGCAAUAACACUGCCCUCUGUCCAGUACAUGGAGUUUGGGAGGAGUGGUCACCAUGGAGUUUAUGUUCAUUUACAUGUGGUCGAGGCCAAAGAACAAGAACAAGGUCGUGCACACCUCCUCAGUAUGGAGGAAGGCCGUGUGAAGGACCUGAAACACAUCAUAAGCCUUGUAAUAUUGCUCUGUGCCCAGUCGAUGGGCAGUGGCAAGAGUGGAGUUCAUGGAGUCAGUGCUCAGUGACAUGCUCGAAUGGGACCCAGCAGAGAAGCCGGCAGUGUACUGCAGCAGCUCAUGGGGGCUCUGAAUGCAGAGGGCCAUGGGCAGAAAGCAGAGAGUGCUAUAACCCUGAGUGUACAGCCAAUGGUCAGUGGAAUCAGUGGGGUCAUUGGAGCGGAUGUUCCAAGUCCUGUGAUGGCGGCUGGGAAAGGCGAAUAAGGACUUGUCAGGGUGCAGCAAUAACAGGACAGCAAUGUGAAGGAACAGGUGAAGAAGUGAGAAGAUGCAGUGAGCAACGAUGUCCUGCACCUUAUGAAAUAUGCCCAGAGGAUUACCUGAUGUCGAUGGUGUGGAAAAGGACCCCGGCAGGCGACUUGGCAUUCAAUCAGUGCCCACUGAAUGCCACAGGCACCACUAGCAGACGCUGCUCUCUCAGUCUUCAUGGAGUGGCCUUCUGGGAACAGCCGAGCUUUGCAAGAUGCAUAUCCAAUGAGUACAGACACUUGCAGCAUUCAAUCAAAGAACACCUUGCUAAGGGGCAAAGAAUGCUGGCAGGUGAUGGAAUGUCCCAGGUGACCAAGACACUGUUGGAUUUAACUCAGAGGAAAAAUUUCUAUGCAGGCGAUCUUCUGAUGUCUGUGGAAAUUCUCAGAAAUGUGACAGACACAUUUAAAAGGGCAAGUUACAUCCCUGCAUCUGAUGGAGUCCAGAACUUCUUUCAAAUAGUUAGCAACCUUCUAGAUGAAGAAAACAAGGAAAAAUGGGAGGAUGCACAACAGAUUUAUCCUGGCUCUAUAGAAUUAAUGCAGGUGAUUGAAGAUUUUAUACACAUUGUUGGAAUGGGGAUGAUGGACUUUCAGAAUUCAUACUUAAUGACUGGAAAUGUAGUGGCUAGCAUUCAGAAGCUUCCUGCAGCAUCUGUUCUAACAGACAUCAACUUCCCAAUGAAAGGACGAAAGGGAAUGGUUGACUGGGCAAGAAACUCAGAAGAUAGGGUAGUCAUUCCAAAAAGCAUUUUUACUCCUGUAUCAUCAAAAGAAUUAGAUGAAUCAUCGGUAUUUGUUCUUGGAGCAGUCCUAUACAAAAACUUAGAUCUAAUUUUGCCCACUUUGAGAAACUACACUGUCGUUAAUUCCAAAAUCAUCGUGGUCACAAUAAGGCCUGAACCCAAAACAACUGAUUCAUUCCUGGAGAUAGAACUAGCUCAUUUGGCUAAUGGUACUUUGAAUCCCUAUUGUGUAUUGUGGGAUGACUCAAAAACGAACGAGUCUUUGGGAACGUGGUCCACCCAGGGAUGUAAAACUGUGCUUACCGAUGCAUCCCAUACGAAAUGCUUAUGUGAUCGUCUCUCUACCUUCGCCAUUUUGGCUCAGCAACCUAGAGAAAUAAUCAUGGAAUCCUCUGGUACACCUUCAGUUACCCUAAUAGUAGGCAGUGGCCUUUCUUGCUUGGCCUUGAUCACCCUCGCAGUUGUCUAUGCAGCAUUAUGGAGGUACAUACGCUCUGAGAGGUCUAUAAUUCUAAUUAACUUCUGCCUGUCUAUCAUCUCAUCCAACAUCCUCAUACUGGUUGGACAGACUCAGACACAUAAUAAGAGCAUCUGUACAACCACCACUGCAUUUUUGCACUUUUUCUUCCUGGCUUCGUUCUGUUGGGUUUUAACUGAGGCGUGGCAGUCCUAUAUGGCUGUGACUGGAAAAAUUAGGACCCGGCUUAUAAGGAAACGUUUUUUGUGCCUUGGAUGGGGUUUACCAGCAUUAGUAGUGGCCACAUCAGUAGGCUUCACAAGGACGAAAGGAUAUGGCACUGAUCACUACUGCUGGCUCUCUCUUGAAGGAGGACUACUCUACGCUUUUGUUGGACCUGCAGCUGCUGUUGUCCUGGUCAACAUGGUGAUUGGCAUUUUGGUAUUUAAUAAACUUGUUUCCAGAGAUGGGAUCCUAGAUAAAAAGCUCAAACACAGAGCCGGUCAGAUGAGUGAGCCUCAUAGCGGUUUGACGCUCAAAUGUGCCAAGUGUGGAGUAGUUUCAACAACAGCUUUGUCAGCCACCACCGCCAGUAACGCCAUGGCGUCCCUCUGGAGUUCCUGUGUGGUGUUGCCCCUUCUGGCUCUGACAUGGAUGUCUGCGGUUCUGGCCAUGACAGACAAACGCUCCAUAUUGUUUCAGAUACUUUUUGCCGUGUUUGAUUCAUUGCAAGGUUUUGUGAUAGUCAUGGUCCACUGCAUUCUUCGGAGAGAGGUUCAGGAUGCAUUUAGAUGCCGAUUGAGAAACUGUCAGGAUCCAAUCAAUGCUGAUUCUUCAAGUUCUUUUCCUAAUGGGCAUGCUCAAAUAAUGACAGACUUUGAAAAGGAUGUAGACAUUGCUUGUCGAUCAGUUCUUCACAAGGAUAUUGGUCCUUGCCGAGCAGCAACAAUAACAGGAACACUCUCUAGGAUUUCUCUAAAUGAUGAUGAAGAAGAAAAGGGAACAAACCCUGAAGGGCUAAGCUAUUCAACACUGCCUGGAAACGUCAUUUCCAAAGUCAUUAUCCAGCAACCCACGGGUAUGCACAUGCCCAUGAGUAUGAAUGAGCUGGGCAAUCAGUGUUUGAAAAAAGAGAACAGUGAAUUGCGAAGAACUGUGUACUUAUGUACGGAUGACAAUUUGAGAGGAGCUGAUAUGGAUAUAGUCCAUCCUCAAGAAAGAAUGAUGGAAAGUGACUAUAUUGUGAUGCCCAGAAGUUCUGUAAAUACCCAGCCAUCAAUGAAAGAGGAAAGCAAAAUGAAUAUUGGUAUGGAAACCUUGCCACAUGAAAGGUUAUUGCACUACAAAGUGAAUCCUGAAUUCAACAUGAAUCCCCCUGUAAUGGACCAGUUCAAUAUGAACUUAGAUCAACACCUUGCACCCCAGGAACAUAUGCAGAAUUUGCCCUUUGAGCCUCGCACAGCUGUGAAGAAUUUCAUGGCCUCUGAGUUGGAUGAUAAUGCAGGACUAUCAAGAAGUGAAACUGGGUCAACGAUAUCAAUGAGUUCAUUAGAGAGAAGAAAAUCACGAUAUUCAGACCUUGACUUUGAGAAGGUCAUGCAUACAAGGAAGAGGCAUAUGGAACUCUUUCAGGAGCUGAAUCAGAAAUUUCAAACUUUGGACAGAUUUCGGGAUAUACCAAAUACAAGCAGUAUGGAAAACCCAGCACCAAACAAGAAUCCAUGGGACACUUUCAAAAACCCCAGUGAAUACCAACAUUACACCACAAUCAAUGUCUUAGAUACAGAGGCAAAGGACGCUUUGGAACUGAGGCCAGCAGAGUGGGAGAAGUGUCUGAAUUUGCCUCUGGACGUGCAGGAGGGUGACUUUCAAACAGAAGUUUAA